UGGAAACUUAUGUUUUUCAAAGAUCCAUAACCUUUAGCCCACAAAUAGAAAAAUUAGGCCCAUAUAAGUCCACCUUUUCAUAAUUAGAUCUCAUUACAAACUUGUGGCCUAUGUCACAACCAAAAGAGAACAAACUCGAAUUACCAAAACUACCCUUAUCCACAUAUCAUCCAAAUCUUCCCUUCCAAGGUUCAAUAAGUAAAUUCACCUAGCUCCGUUAUCCCUGUUACGCAAAAUUCUCCCAUUCUGCAAAUUCUUCAACCUAAAAACUAUAAGCUCCAAACGAAAAAGAAUCCUACAAAUCUAUCAAAAAUUGCAAAUUUUUGCUAAUAUCAGUAAUUAAUUUAUCUUAAAAAAGGAUCCGUUUUUCGUAUAUCGAUUUCUCUGCAUUUGAAAUUUUGUUGGAAAAAAAAAAGGAAAAUUCAUGUUAAGGAAAUCAACAAAAAUAUGAUGCUUUCACGUAUUGGCCGCUCUAUAUCAAAAACUUCUCGCUCCAAUAUUCACAAAGGUGUUGGAUAUGGUGUGAGGUCGGCGGUGUUGGAUGAGGUGGCAACGGGCGUCACGCGCGGCACGUGUAUUGCACGAGCUGAAGGCGGAUUAGGGUUUGUGAGGAAUUAUUUAACGUCCAUUGGAGGUGGAGGAAGGGGAGGUUUGAGUAAGACGUAUUUAUCGGAGCUCGAUUCGGCUUUCCCAAGUCCGAGGUUGAGGCGGUUUUUCUGUAGUGAAGGGCCAAAGAGAAGAAACUAUGAGAACUAUUAUCCAAAGAACAAGAAAGAAAUUCCCAAAGCAAAUAAUCAAAAGGCCGAGUCAGGCAAAGAGGAAGGUUCAGGUGAGCAAGGAAAUCCUCAGGACAACUUUGUGAAGCUAAAUUUCAAUUUAUUGACACCCGUAUUAUUUAUUGGGUUUAUUCUGUCAUCUAUCCUAAUGUCUCCUCGAGAGCAGCAAGAGAUUAGCUUCCAAGAGUUCAAAAACAAGCUACUUGAACCUGGUCUUGUUGAUAGGAUUGUUGUUACUAACAAAUCUGUAGCCAAAGUUUAUGUGAGAAGCUCUGCACCUGGUCCUAAUCAAAUUGGUGAUGACACUGUUCAAGGUCCUAUAACUGGUAGAAAUGAUGGAAGAAACAUGGGCCAGUACAAAUAUUAUUUUAACAUUGGGAGUGUCGAGUCAUUCGAGGAGAAGCUUGAAGAAGCACAGGAGGCAUUAGGAAUAGAUCCUCAUUAUUAUGUUCCUGUUACAUAUGUUGAUGAGUUGAAUUGGUUCCAAGAAGUGAUGAGGUUUGGUCCCACAGUGGUGCUUCUUGCUGUUCUUUAUUUUAUGGGACGGAGAGUCCAAGGCGGGAUGGGUGUUGGAGGCCCUGGUGGAAAAGGUGCUCGUGGAAUAUUUAACAUUGGCAAAGCGCAUUUCACGAAGAUGGAUAAAAAUGCCAAGAAUAAGGUGUUCUUUAAAGACGUGGCUGGAUGUGAUGAGGCAAAGCAAGAAAUCAUGGAGUUCGUCCACUUCCUUAAAAACCCGAAGAAGUAUGAGCAGUUGGGAGCCAAAAUUCCUAAGGGUGCUCUUCUAGUGGGUCCUCCCGGGACUGGGAAGACACUUCUGGCCAAAGCUACCGCAGGAGAGUCUGGUGUACCUUUUCUCUCUAUUUCUGGAUCAGAUUUUAUGGAGAUGUUUGUUGGUGUUGGACCAGCCAGGGUUCGGAGUUUAUUUCAGGAGGCAAGGCAGUGUGCACCUAGUAUAAUUUUCAUUGAUGAGAUUGAUGCCAUUGGUCGAGCAAGAGGGCGAGGUGGCUUUUCUGGAGGCCAUGAUGAACGUGAAAGCACUUUAAAUCAACUGCUUGUUGAAAUGGAUGGUUUUGCAACCACAUCAGGUGUAGUUAUACUUGCUGGCACAAAUAGACCUGAUAUAUUAGACAAAGCGUUGCUAAGACCCGGUCGAUUUGAUCGUCAAAUUACCAUAGACAAACCCGACAUAAAAGGCCGUGAUCAGAUAUUCCGGAUCUAUUUGAGCAAGUUGAAACUUGACCAUGAGGCAUCCUUUUAUUCACAGAGGCUUGCGGCUCUAACACCAGGAUUUGCCGGAGCAGACAUUGCAAAUGUUUGUAAUGAAGCUGCUUUAAUUGCCGCAAGGAAUGAGAGCACAAUAAUUACAAUGCAACAUUUUGAGGCAGCAAUAGAUAGGGUAAUUGGAGGUCUUGAGAAGAAGAAUAAGGUCAUAAGCAAGCUGGAGAGGCGGACAGUUGCCUACCAUGAAUCUGGUCAUGCUGUUGCUGGAUGGUUCUUGGAACAUGCAGAACCAUUACUAAAAGUGACAAUUGUUCCUCGGGGUACGGCAGCUCUGGGAUUUGCUCAGUAUGUUCCUAAUGAAAAUCUUCUAAUGACUAAGGAACAACUAUUUGAUGUGACAUGCAUGACUCUUGGAGGUCGAGCUGCUGAGCAGGUUUUGAUUGGGAAGAUCUCGACUGGAGCCCAAAACGAUCUGGAGAAAGUCACCAAAAUGACGUAUGCCCAAGUAGCAGUCUAUGGUUUCAGUGACAAGGUUGGUCUUCUUUCUUUCCCACAAAGAGAUGAUGGAUUUGAGAUGUCAAAGCCUUACAGUAGCAAGACAGCAGCAAUUAUCGACAAUGAAGUAAGAGAAUGGGUCUCCAAGGCAUAUGAACGCACUGUGCAACUUAUAGAGGAGCACAAAGAACAUGUUGCACAGAUUGCAGAGUUACUACUUGAAAAAGAGGUCCUUCAUCAAGACGAUUUGGUUCGGGUAUUGGGUGAACGCCCAUUCAAGAGUCAUGAGCCCACAAACUAUGAUAUAUUCAAGCAAGGAUUUGAAGAAGAGAACAAAGAAACAAAAGAUAACCCCGAAAAUAAGAUGGUAGAAGAUAAUGGAUCACCACCAGUUGUACCUGAGGUUGUCCCAGUAUAGUUGUGGGCUGGUGCUUUGUAAAUGAUAAGGUGGUGUAGUUGCUAUCUGGGAUAUUCACGUCUUAUUAGGAAGUUGUAGAAGAGAGAAAACAUGUUUUUGAUAUUAAUAACACAGAAAUCCGUUGCUAAUUUUGUGCACCCCGUGAAAUCACGAAGAAAAAGAAAAAACAAAAUGAGGUGAAGGAAAUACUGUAAUCUAAUUGUAUCAGGUUCAUAAUGGCUAUUUCUCUUUAUAGUA